ACAAUACAAUUUCCACAAAUAUCUAACGCUUUUCUGAAACUGUAUCGAAAUCAAUUAUUUAACAAAAUAAUAAAAUUAUCAGUAAGAGGGAACCAACCUGCUUAGAGAUUUAUAUUGGAAUUAACGAGAUUGCAGAGAAUGAAAAUCAGAAAUAUAUCCUUCAAACUCCAGAUGAUAUUAAACGUAUAUCUGGAAUGAAUACAAAAUGUUUUGUUAUAAUCACAUCACAGACUAUUGGUGUGGAGGAUGUUUGGAUCUCUAGAUAUAAACCUAAACUUAUAUUUAUCAUUCAUCAAGGAGAUAUUAUCAAUACAAUUACAGGAAAAUCAAGACCAUACCUGGAAAUUCGGAAGAACUCUCCAUAUGUAAAAUAUAGGAAUAUACAUGGUGAGAUUUUUGAUGGUGUUUGGUCUAAACAUCGCUCAGACUUGUUAUUCAAAGGAGUAGCAGAUAGCUCCGCUGUAGACUCCUUUCAGAACAAGAAAAUUAGAAUCAAACAUAACAACUAUAUGCCAAGAUUCUUUAUGCUAACUGAAACUAGGUGCAAUGAAGAUACUUUUGAAGGAUUGUAUAUGCAGCUAUUCCUGGAUAAACUGAACCUGACUGCUGAGUUUAUAUUUGCAUUCACAAAUUGGGGAAGGUUAAAUGUGGAAACAGGUUUAUGGGAUGGCGUGGUGGGAGGGGUUGUUUAUGAUGAAGCAGAUGUUGGAAUAACAUAUAUGUCCUACAAUGCACAAAGAAUGCAGUACGUCUCCUACACUACGCCAGUGGGAGAAUUUAAACCCGUUUGGUUCUCUAAGUAUCCUGGACGAUCUUCUCCUGCUUGGAAUAUUAUUGAAGUGUUUGAUUAUUAUGGUUGGCUCGCAAUCUUAGUAAGUACUAUUGCUGCAAUCCUUGUUUUUCUAAUGGUUGUCCAGGCAGCUCCGAUUCUUGGGUUUAAACAGCCUGAUAAUAUUAUUGUAUCUUUGAUGCCCAUAUCUCUUAUAAAUGCUGAAGGAAUGCCGGAUUGGUUCUUGCUUCAAAAAGAGCAAAGAAGAGUUUGGUCUGGCAGUGUUUUAUUGAUGGUUUGGGCAAUUGGAUCUUUGUUUUUAACCAUGGCAUUUUCAAGCAAUCUCAGAGCUAUUUUACUGAAUCCAACAUACGAAGCACCUUUGGACACAUCUAAGCAGAUUGUUGAAAGGGGACCGAUUGUAAUAUUAAAAGAAUCUUCCUGGAUUUUUCCGUUCUUGAAGUCCUCUCCAUUCCCUUGGCAGGUCAAAAUACUGGACAACUUCAGAUACAGCAAUCCCAAGCUUGAACCAUGGGAUCAGUCAUUAAGAAAUGUUAUGGAGGGAACUGAAAUAAACUUUGGAACUGAGGACCUUGUUUUGCAUUUUGUAAAGAAGAAUGCUACCCUCGCUCAAUCGAACAAACCUUCAUUUUACUUUAGCAAGGAGGUUUUGAACUCCCAUUAUACGGGUUGGGUUAUUCAGAAAGCAUCUAAAUGGGAAGAGAAGUUAAACAGUCACAUUCUUCAUUGUCACCAGGCUGGUCUACAUGAGAAGAUUUUAAGGUCCCUGGGAAAAUUGAUUUAUGAUCAAUCUAUCUCUGAUACGGAGAAGAUGAGAAUGGAACACGUAGCAAUAGCUUUCUUUAUUCUUGCAGUUGGGUUGGUUCUGGCAGCUUCAGGGAGGAUUCAUUUAUCAAAAAAGAAAAAUUUUGAAAAAUUGUUAAAUUAAUUUACUUUGAAACUUUAUUAACAUAAACUGAUAAUAAUUUUUGAGAUGUUGGUUAUUUAAUUUUAUAUUAAAUAGCUAGAUAACUAGGGUUUCCAACGCAAAUGAAUUUGACUUGCGCGCGAUUGCGGGCCGUGUCAUUUCCGCGCAAUUCCGCACAGUUCCGCGCAAUACGAGAACAGUUGAGCACUAUUCCGAUUGGAAACCCUACUCAAAACUUGAUGGAAGUCUAUAAAAAACAUUAUUGAUUUAAAAAAAAAAUUGUCUUAAAUUUUUUGCUAACAGUGGGGAGAGAAUCACUAAGUCAACACAUGUAUU